GUGACUGGCCCCACACUCCAAUACAGUAGGUGGCAGUGUAUGCGCCUAUAAGUUGGCUACGAUCCGCCAGCCCAAUCCCAAAGAAGAAGGUGUGGUUUACCACGAGAGCGCUGUUUUAUUGUGUUACAGGCAUUCUAUUACCGAUCAAUAUGGAUAGGCGAAAGCGCUCCAGAGAAGAUUUACCGACUGCGGACAGUGACCAUUUCAAUACCCCGGAGGAGAGAGUUUAUGCCGGGCUGUCGCGGGACGAGGACUUAAGGCAGUGGAGUGUCGAGGACACUUGCAGAUACAUGCGUCUGGAAGGGCUCGGGAUAUGGGAGGAGAAAUUCAGAGAGCAACAGAUAACAGGAGUGGGGUUACGAUACCUUACAGAGACACAUCUGGAGAAUAUGGGCAUAGGGCCUCUUGGCACACGGCUGCAGAUUCUGCACUGCCUGAGGAAGCUGUGGCAGAUUGCAGCAGAGACCAAGGUGUUUAAUGACCCCAUCCAUGGCCAUGUAGAGAUGCAUCCUCUGCUGGUCCGUAUCAUCGACACCCCUCAGUUCCAGAGGCUCCGCCACAUUAAGCAGCUGGGAGGAACAUACUUUGUCUUCCCUGGAGCCUCCCACAACCGCUUCGAACACUCCAUAGGGGUGGGCUACCUGGCAGGUUCGCUGGUCCAGGAGUUGAAUGAGAGACAACCAGAGCUCUUCAUCUCUCAUAGAGACAUAUUGUGUGUCCAGAUCGCCGGUCUCUGUCACGACCUGGGUCAUGGUCCUUUCUCCCAUAUGUUUGAUGGGAUGUUCAUCCCCAAAGUGCGUCCAGAAUCUAAGUGGAAUCACGAGGAGGCGUCCCUGGCCAUGUUUGACCACCUGGUGUGUGAGAACGCCUUGGAGCCGGCGAUGAAGGAGCAUGGCCUGGUCCUUCCUGAUGACCUGGUCUUCAUCAAGGAGCAGAUUGCUGGACCACAGAACACUGUCCCCCUCAGCCAGGGAGUAAGUCAGCCAGCCAGUGAGCCGUGGCCAUAUAAGGGCCGACCAGAGGAGAAGUCCUUCCUCUAUGAGAUUGUGGCCAACAAAAGGAACGGCAUCGAUGUAGACAAGUGGGACUACUUCGCCAGGGACUGCUUCCACCUGGGUAUCCAAAAUAACUUUGACUACCGUCGCUUUCUCAAGUUUGCCCGUGUGUGUGAGGUGGACGGGAAGAAGCACAUCUGCACCCGAGACAAGGAAGUGGGUAAUCUGUAUGACAUGUUCCACACACGCAACUGCCUGCAUAGAAGGGCCUACCAGCACAAGGUGGGCAACAUCAUAGAGACAAUGAUCACAGAGGCCUUUAUAAAGGCAGACCCCCACAUCCAGAUACAAGGUUCAGGGGGAAAGAUGUUCACCAUCUCCACAGCAAUAGACAACAUGGAGGCCUACACUAAACUCACAGACCAUGUGUUUGAGCAGAUUAUGUACUCGUCAUCCUCUGAGCUGGCUGAAGCCAGAGAGAUCCUCCAAAACAUCACCUGCAGACGCCUCUACAAGUGUGUGGGACAGACUCAGGCUGAGAAGCGAAUGGAGGUUUCACAGGAAAAGCUCCUGGACUGGGCAGGCUGUGUGGCGAGGUCCAGGCCUCAGAAUGACCUUCAAAAUGUUACUCUGCAGCCAGGGGACUUUGUUGUCAAUAUCAUCAACAUGGACUGGGGUAUGAAGGAGAAGAACCCCAUCGACAAAGUGCACUUCUACUGUAAGAACGACCCAACCAAAGCUUACCGGAUCCGUAAGGACCAGGUGUCCAAGCUGCUGCCAGAACGGUUUGCUGAGCAGCUGGUCAGGGUCUACUGUAAGAAGACCGAUGAGAGGACCAUGGAGGCAGCUAAGAAGAACUUUGUCCAGUGGUGCAUGGAUAUGAACUUCUCCAAACCUCAGGAUGGAGAUGUGAUUGCACCAGAGCUCACCCCUCUUAAGGCAAGCUGGGCACACAACAAUGACAGUGAUGAUAAUGAUGAAGAGGAUAGCCAGGGAGGAAGAGGCUGGGCUGCAGUCAAUGGUGGACAAGAGAAGGCAAAGACCAGACUCUUUUAAGAGGAAUAUGUGAAACGGGAGAGUAUCCUUCUGUUUAUGGCAGUGGUUACCAAUCAUGGUCUUUGAGGGCCACAGGGUAUGCAAGGUUUUGUUCCAACCCAGCACUAACACACCUGGUUCAGCUAAUCUAUGUCAUUAAGAUGAACUGACUAGCUGAAUCAGGUGUGUUCAUGAUGGGUUGUAACAAAAGCCUGCACACCCUGUUGCUCCCUAGGACCAUGGGUUGGUGACCACAACCUCAAGAAAAUGUGAGUCAGACUUUCAGAAGAAGUCUCUUUAAUCAGGGUUCUGUUCACUCUGAUUCAGUUUUUCCAGGGUUUAGAUCAUGUAGUUUAUUUUUAAAUUUACUUUUUAUGUUUUAUUUCAAGCAUACAUUUUAGGUUUGGAUAUCUUAACGUUAUGCUAUUUCAUGGUAAGAGAAGUGUGGGAGUAUGUGAGUAUACAUACCUGUUCUCCCAGGCUAUGCAUGUUGAUGUAUGCCACUAUCAGACAUGGAUCUUUCCUAUAGCCAAGCAACAACUAUUACAUAUUUAUCCAUCCUGGUGAAAGUUACUCUUUGGACAAGCUGCUUUACCUUGUAAUACUCCCAAAGCUGAAUGUGUACUUAUCCUUGGCGUUAUAUUUGAUCCACAUGCAAACAAACAGGUAGCCAUUGUUUGUGUUUCAGGGCAUUGUCUUUCUUUUAUGCAUGGUUUCUACGCUGUUUUAGUUUUUACACCUACCAUAGUUAGCCUGGUCAUGCAUACCUACAGUAUGUAGGCAAAAGUAGGAGUUGACUAAAGCACAUACAGAUCAGGGUACAAUAUAACUUAAUUAUCUUCCGAAAAGCCACCACGUUAACUGACAAACAAUGUUAAGUUAUCAUAUUAUCUUUGUUUUCAUCCAUGUACCCUACUGAGGCAAGUAGGUAAGCAGCUAUCUGUCUAGUGUUUGGUAUCAUCUGGGAGUCUCGUUAUGUUAUCUUCAUUUAAACAAUGUUUACCCUAAAGUCUGCCUCGAGAUGAGCCCACAGCUGUUGAUCAGACAUGUUUGUUGAUUUAAGUUAUGCACUUUGUUUUAAAUAAAGAAUAUAAUUUUGAAUGAAAGACUCAUUUGGGGGGAGAGUCUCACCAUUUGAAGGGUUUUGUAAUACAGAAUGUAGCUGGCCACAUCUGCGAAAUUACAACCCUCUUCUCUGCCUGGCUAUCUCUGUUCUGUUUCCUUACAACUUUGU